CCCUACCCCAUGAUUACCGCCCUCUGAGCGCGCCCAGGGUCAGCAGUCGGCCCCCCAGGGAAGAGAGUGGGGCCGGGCCCCCACCCCUCAGAAGAAAGGGCGCCUUGCGCAUGCGCGCUAACGGCUCCUGUCAGAGACACGGGCAUCCGCGCCAACCUCAGGCCUUUCACUAAACCAGUCCCGGGUGCCUGACGUCAGGGCGCCGGCGCGUCCCGCUCCCAUCUCGGCGUGACGCACGCGCAAUAGCAGUCGGAGUGAGCCUCUGGGUUAAGUGAAAAAGGACAGCUUCUUUCAUUGAAGAAAUAAACAGAAGCCUUGAAGAUAAGAGGACUGGAAUGCUGUGGCUGGAGAGUAUUCCCUGGUGCACAGGCUGUUGAAUUAGUGCACUGGUUUACGCUCUGUUUAUAGUGAAGUAGUGGAAGAGUUCCAAACUGACUUUGAAGUACAGCAAAGAAGUGAAAUCCAUUGAGAAUAGUCUGUAAAGAUCCUGAAUAUUGGGAUUGGUCAUGUCGUUCCGAUUUGGACAACACCUCAUCAAGCCCUCGUUUGUGUUUCUGAAGACUGAACUGUCCUUCGCGCUUGUAAACAGGAAGCCAGUGGUCCCUGGGCAUGUCCUUGUUUGCCCACUCCGGCCUGUGGAGCGUUUCCGCGAUCUGCACCCUGAAGAAGUGGUUGAUUUAUUUCAAACAACACAAAUGGUUGGAAAUGUGGUGGAGAAACAUUUCUGUGGAACUUCACUCACCAUUUCGAUUCAGGAUGGUCCUGAAGCUGGGCAAACUGUGAAGCACGUUCAUGUCCAUGUACUUCCAAGAAAGGUUGGAGACUUCAGCAGAAAUGACAGUGUCUAUGAUGAGCUGGAACGUCACGACAAAGGAGAAGAGGACUCCCCUGUCAAGUGGAGGUCUGAGGAUGAAAUGGCAGCCGAAGCAGCAAGCCUGAAGAAAUAUUUUCAGUAAAAUCUGAGGUGAGACAAUCUGGAACAAAUCCUGGAGCAUAAGAAAACCAAAAAAGGGACUCGUUCUCCAAGUGCCCUGUGACAUUGGAUCUGCAGCUAACUAGCUUAGAUGACAUUCCACAAACAAUGGAUUCAUCCAUGAAACACUUUAUUGUACCAUUGGAUAGUGGCGGAGUUGAAUUUCACCUAAGACGACUGACAGACUGGAUUCAACACAACCUUUUGCAUAAUGGCUCAGACUUUUGAAUGAUGUACUUGGGAAAUAAUCUUUUAAAAUUGGCCCUGGGCCUAAACUGAAAUUAAAUAUUAGCAGCAAUAUUUGUCUGGUGUGUUACAUUACAUUUAUCUGGCUACAUUACAAAACAUUGGCCCCAUGUUGUGCCUAACAAUAUUCUGUUUGUAAUGUAUUGUAGUGCAGAAAAAUUACACCUUUUAGUACUAGUAUGCGUCUCAGAAACCAAAGCUUUGUUAUAGCCUUGAUACGAUAAGCCUGGAGAGUUACCAGUUUGCUAGAUAAGAUUAUUGAAUAAGAAAUGCAUAAACUUUCUUAAAAUCAUACAUUCCUCUCUUACUUUGACUGUGUUGGUACAAAGCUGUAGGGGCUUAAAAUAGUGCAAUACACUUUAGGGAAUUCAUCAAAAUGUGAAGCUGCUCAUGUGAUAUUCAGCACGUUACAGCCUAUGAUGUAAGGGUCGUUGCUUGCAACAAAACGUGUUAACUUUGGUUGGUUGUUAUUCACGUGACGUGCUCGCUCAGUAAUAACGCUCAUCUGCAGAGCUUCUCUGAGGAGCAUCUGCAGGCAUUUAGCUAUGGAGAAUCUAAUGGCAAAUGGACAUCUAAUAUACUGGCAAGAGCCCUGAACUGAAGCACCAGUGAUGUCACUCUUGAACUUUGGGGAAGUUUGGAUCCUGAUCCCAACCUGAGUUUGGUAGCUCAGAUCUACAGUUGUUACUAGAAGAAGGCAGCUUUUGUCAUCCCUUUCCAAACAAUGGUAUGUGGGACAACAGUGUUCUUAAUGCAGAAUGAGAGAGAACAGCAGUAGUUCAGAUACUCUGUGGUCGCUGCUUUAAACCACAGCAAUCUGUACAGCAUCUUUGCAAUGGGGUUGACAUGGGCCAUCAGCUGUGAACAUACCUGAACUUCAGAGAAGUUUGGAGUCAGAGCCAAAUCAGGAUUCAGAUGCCACCAGAUUGACCCGACACUACAUCAAACAAAAUUAAACAUGCCAGAAAUGUGUAAAUAAAUAAUCCCUCUGGGAGUGUCACAGAAGCACAGUCUGAUUUGAGACUUAGUGAAAAUGCCCAGGGUAUACACAGUGCUUGGGCCAAAGUCCGACCAGGACCAGGGAUAAAUUUGGCUCAUUGACUUAUAAACUGUGCUGAGCAACAGGGCCGGCUCCAGGCCCCAGCGCACCAAGCGCAUGCUUGGGGCGGCAUGCCAUG